AUGUCCAGCAAGUUGUUGCUUAUCAUCUGCUGUCUGGUAGCUACGGAUAACAUAUCAGCAGGUGGACAAUAUAAAAUCCCUAUUCGUUUCGGCAAUGUCACUCUAAUCGACAGAUCAGAUGGAAAUAAGGAUGUUAUAGUGCAUCAAGGAAUCAACAUUGGCGGAUUUGGAGGCAUUGCGGGGCUUACUUUUUUCGAUAGAAAUGGAAGUUUUGAGACGAGCAAUGCUGGUGCUCUCUUACUCAACGGCAAAUUAUACGGAAACAAUGAGACAAUCACUUUCAGCAAACAAGGCAUAGACGUGCAGACGAAGUAUUACUUCGGCAACAAGACAUUCCACGGAGGAUUAGGUAAGGAAGGUCAGGCUGUCGGUCAGUUUCUGAAUCAUGUUUCGGACACAUUGUUAGCAGGAUUGCAGUUUGCAAAUAAGCAAGUUUCUAAACCAAAUCGCAGACGAAGAAGAUUUACACCACACUUUUAA